UGGUAACAUGCUUUAAAAAGUGAUUUAGACAUUUUAACCUUAUAAAGCGUUCAAAUGUACAAUGAAUCGGGACAGAUGUUUUAAAGUGGAUAUAUUUUCAGGUUAUGACGUUUUAGGCAGUUUACACAUAUUUGGCCAGAUGUAACAAAUCUUUGGGAUAUAAAGAAGUCCUUGUUGGGGAACAGCUUCAUAGUAAAAAGACAGUAUAACUCGUCUCCAACAGCAGAUGAAUUGUAUAGUGUCCAAACACGGUGUCCCUCAGAAGCCAUCGUCACCGGUCAGUUUCAAUUGGCAAAUGGUGAUUCUAUGGGUGAAAUGUUAAAUCGUUGCGUCGUUAACACCCAGCUGAACAUCGUGAAUACAAUGAUCUACUGGCCUACCAGCAGGCACCCGAGGAUAGGCCCCAGACAAUGCGGAGCAGUCCGUUUCAUUUAGAAGAGUGCUUUAUCGCAGCUAGCAAUCAGUUCCUGACGAGUUUGGUAGAAGAACACGUUCCAGGCGUUUGUGCUAUUCGGUUAAACGUAGAUACUGGUGAUAUUCAGAUCGCAUGUCUCUCUACCUGACUGACGAGUAUAUGGACAAGACUGACAGAUCCCCCGGUCGCAGAUCGGAUGUUUGUUGUUGGUGACCUGGCGGUGUAGGAUUACAUACAUCAAAGAGAACUGCUCCCGGCCAUGGAAUGUGUCAGUGACGUAAUACGCCAUGUAUAUGUCACGAAUGUCGUAUACCGACGCCGCUGACGUCCAUGCUGAACCAAAGCGUGCGAGCAGACGACAAUAACCUAGCGAGCGGAGAAGUGACGUCACACACGUGACUGACCAGUGAGAUCGAAUCAGAGUUAUUAAUCCGGUAGAACGGACCUGUUCAAACAGUGGCAAUCAUUCAGAGGAAAGGGGUAGCCCUGCCCAUUGAUCACCAGCCUGGCGACAAAACGCAGCGAGCAAAAUAGAAACAAUAUCGAGGCUACAAUGGCAGUAUGUCGACAACCUGUACAGGCCGACAGAAGAUCCACGGCUUUACUUGACUGGAAACAGAGGUGACCGUUUGGACCUACUGACAGAGGUUGUGUGAAUGUGGUGGACGAUUGUGUGGCUUUAAUGAACCCACUGUCAAUAGAAGCGUGAGUUCUUUCAGUUACCGCGUCAGGCCUUAUGCCUCGUUGACAGAGGGCAUGAUCCCACCAACAUAGCUGUGAUUAUAAACUGUAUACGACCUUCCUACGACUGUUUUCAUGAAGAUACAUUUGUGGGAAUUGUGAAAUGGACUACUUGUAACGUGUUGCCAGGAAAAUGUGAUGAUUGUGUUACCGUAAGAUGACCUGUCGUUUUGUCACUGAAUCCAUCGGCGUGGAAUACAAUAUACCCGUACUCUUCGGCGUUGACACACCGAGGGACAUCAAUGAUUGGAUGUGUUAACGAGGUAGGUGUGAUGAAAAUGAGUACAUGUAGCAAGUCAAGUGUGCGACCAGUGUCCACUAAGUCAGUGAGACUGGUUGACAGUCGAGAUGAACUGAUUCAGGACCAACAAGAACCGGAUGUUUACUUCAUCCACAACUAUGACAGCGAUUCAGAUUUAUUCGCAUCCGGAUCAAGUUUCAGUGACUUUGAGACAGAUGAAGGGCGGAUAUCACGUGCCCUGCAAGAUUGGAUGCCGGAGUAUUCCGUUUGCCGCAUCGAACCCCGAGAGCAGACGGUUCGGGAACCUGUUUACAGCGCCCGACUUGGAAGAGAACCCCGGAUAAAGAGAGCAGGCAGCGAGGAAUCCAUCACGACACAGCUGUCAUUGCUCUCGUGUUCCUCAAACGGAAAACGAAAACAAGUGGUGAGACGCAGGAGGAAGAGAAAGCCCAAAUCUGAAACCACCUCAGAGAAACCUGCCACGGUGAGUAAAUGGAUCGCACUUGCGAGCAGGAAGGUCGGCGCUUUAGACAAGAUGAUGAAGAGACAGGUUGCUCAGUCAGUGGGUACGGGGAUGCCAGCUGCACACGAUACCAUUUUUGAUAUGUUGGAACCAGAUGAACAGAGGAUGGUUUUCCAUUGUGGAAAGAGUAACGGUCUCCAUCUCCCACCAGGGUUGAAGAAAAGCGGGAGCAUGACGGACAUCAGGAACGAUAUCAAGGCACCAGAGAGACCUCUUGCUUCGGCAGGAAGAACAAGGUUCCGGGGCAAACCUAUAAACUUCCAAGAGUUGAAGCAUCAGAUGGUAAAACAGAAGUUAGCCCAACAGGCACGCCAUCAGAAGAUCUUGGCCAGACAGAGCUCCAAAGGAUCCCUACUUAGUCGGAAGAGUCGAAGCACUCGUAGCAGUACAAGGCGGUUGUCGACCGCAUCAACAGCCAGCAUCGACGUGUUUAAAACACCAUCGGAGUCUGUUGUUCCCGUGACGUCACAGGGGGAACCGGAACUGAAGACAACGAUGUGGGCAGGUGAUACUAAGAUAUUGGCGAUUGAUAUGAACAGAGAGAUGACCUCAAAGGUGAAAAUGAAGAUUGCAACCACAACCCGUGCUCUGACUCGGGUUACAGGCUAUGGGGAUGACAAUGGCCUCAGGACUACAACAGGACCUUUAUCCGAGUUCCCAUCUCUUGUUGAGGAGGAUUACAGUUAUCUACCCAAAAUUGUGCAAAAGAUUCGCAUUUCGCCUCAGCUGAGCCAUGUCAUUCAGCAGGAUAUUAAAGUGCGCAUGGGCAGGCCACGGUAUCACGAGAUCUCGGUGCAAGAUCUCGCAAUGUGGAACCGAGGCCAGAAUCUGGACAGGACACAUCGGAACUUGAAGGUGUUCAAUUGGCUCCAUAGUCUGCGGGAGGAGGAGUUUGACAAUGACCUUGACCCUGAUAUUGAUGAUAGGCCACCGGAAGACGGAAGUGGAGACAUGAUUCACGUACGAGCGGUUGAUGAGCCUAAAGUGAAACCUUUAUUUGAAAGAUUGAAAACACAGUAUAUAGUAUAAGAAUUGUGUUAUGUAAAGACGAUGAAAUCAUUUAAUGCAUGUAUGUAACUCACUUGCUAUUUACCAUGAAUAUGUUUCAAUCAGUUACUUAGAUAGUUCAUGUUGUUUUUACACUGUACCCUCCCCCGUGACGAUCCGGGGUAGAAUAGGUCUUCAGCAACCCAUGCUGGC